UCUUCUUCUUCCCGGUGUUCCCUACAAAAUUGAAAAAAUGGCUCUGCGUGUUUUUGGUUUAAAUAUAGUGAGAUCUAACAGGAAUCUGCUGAAAAAUGCACACAAAUUAUCCGCCCCGCCAUCAGGCUACAUGGCGGUUGCUCCAUUUGCCAGCGAAGUAACCGUUCAGGCUGCUCCUGCUGCUGUGCAGAAGCAAAAGGUCAGCAAGGCCAUGAGGGCGUACUUGAAAAGAGCCAACGAACACGACGAGUUCAUGAAGACCCAGCAUCUGGAGUUCCAGAUCGGUAAACGGCAUCUGGCCAACAUGAUGGGCGCUAAUGCGGAGACUUUCACACAGGAAGAUAUUGACGAGGCGAUAUCGUAUCUGUUUCCCUCCGGCUUGUACGACAAAAAAGCCCGGCCAGCUCUGAAAUCGCCGGACGUUGUCUUUCCCGCCCGCAAGGCUGCAGAGUUUGAUGAGACGGGUAGACCAUUCCACAGUAUGUUUUACACCGGCAAGCCCAACUUCUUCCAGCUGCUCCAUGACAUUGUGGAGGAAACCAAUAAGUUGGCGGACCUGGAAGAGCGCUUGCUUCGUCGCGGCAACAAGCCCGACGAGAACCAAAAACUCGAAAUGGCUGGAUUUCAGCUGCUACCCAAAGACCAGUUGGAACUUUUCCUGGUAGAAAGCAUUGCCGAUAUUGAGUACUCGAACUUCACCAAGUCCAUGGAACGUCUCAUUGCAUCACCGUAUGCUUAUAAAAGCAAAUCAUUUAUCGAACGUUUUCUGAAACCGUUGAUGGAUCAGUCCAAGCAGCUGGAAGUGCCCAAGCCAAAAAUCGAUGAGGAGGGUCGCCAGUACAUUACCACCUACGAGUGCCUGCGCAAAACUGCCAGAGCCGACGUCACAGUUCGGUUUCCGGGUACGGGAAAGAUCAGCAUUAAUGGAAAAGAUAUCUUAUACUUCGAGGACGAAAACUGCAAGGAGCAGUUGCUCUUCCCGCUGCAAUUUAGCGAACUGCUGGGCAAAGUCGAUGUGGAGGCCAAUGUCGAGGGAGGCGGACCUUCCGGUCAGGCUGGAGCCAUCCGCUGGGGCAUCGCGAUGAGUUUGCGCAGCUUUGUCGAUCAAGAGAUGAUUGAGUCAAUGCGUCUGGCUGGCCUGCUGACACGUGACUAUCGUCGCCGAGAGCGUAAGAAGUUUGGACAGGAAGGAGCUCGCCGCAAGUACACGUGGAAGAAGCGCUAAAAGGGCACGUGCAUCGACAAAGCUCUUUUUGCAUUUCAGACCAAAUCGUUUUAAUAAAAAUCAAUUAUGUUAAAGGA